GUCAGCUGUGAAUUAUUCAGAAAUCAACGAAUGUGGUACCUUCGGAGCCUCGCAGAGCCAGAUACAAGAUCUGGGACCAGGAUCAAGUCAAAGCUCAUCCAGUCAGCAGUUAAGUGAGAGUUUGAUAUCUCCCCUUCUAAGGCCUCAUUUAAGGUUAUUCUCCGGACUGCGGGAUCUCAGAAGUCGGAGUAUUUCUCACGGAGGUCUCUCUAAUAACUAUUCUAGACUUGGACAACGGCGAGGUCGUUAUGUCUCCUCGUCAAGAGAAAGUGAGAUGCAGGAUGAUGAGCAGGACUGGGAGACAAUCCCAGAAAGUGAUCAGUUCAGCAGAGACACGUUUGACACGUUUGUCGGACAGGGCGCUCAUCGCUCUGGAUACGCAGACCCGUACACAUCCCGACUGGGACAGGCAAUGACAGGAAGCAGCUUGGCUGACUACUCCAGUUACGGCAGUUUGGCACAGGAGGAGACUUCUAGCUGGACUCCCUUUGACCUCCCUUCUUCACCACCUCUCCCACAGGCGUCGCCUUUCUUUCAUUCUCAGCGUGCGGGUCCAACAAACACGCACCACCCUGACCAUCAAUCUGAUAUGGAGUGUUCUGCUUCCUCUUCUGAUCGUCACUUCCAGAAUACAAACCUUCUCAUGAGCCAUAUCCCUCCUCUUCCUGCUACCACGAGCUACCUUGCGGGUCCUCCUCGUCCUCAUUCAGCGAGGGCUUACCGGCACCCAACCCCUCUUGGGGAUUCUCAUACGAAUCCCUUCUGCUCCUCUCCACCGACAAUCCCCAGAGGAGCGGAUGUCUGUCCGGGCAGGCUUAAUCUAGCCUCCGGACAGGCAUCCAGAGUGGGCGGGACAAGUUACAGUAAGUUCAGCUUUCUUGACCAGAGCCAUAUCACGGAAGAAGACACGGAUUUGCGAUCGGAUGUUCACACCCUUGGAAAUGUUUCUACCCACAGUGAUGAAGGACCGCCUCCUUUGCGAACCCCUUCGCCUGAGAUACCCUCUCUUCAUAGGACCCUCUCCGCUUCUUCGGGCUGGGUGACUAUACAGUCCACUCAUGAGAGCCCCGCUGCAUCUGAUAUGCUAUACAGACAUCAGAUUCUCACACAGACUUCUAGGUCCCGCCCAGGGCGUGUUGGACACGUCGAGGGCCCUCCUUCCUGUGGAAGGAGGGUAACCGACUCAGCCAACGACGUCGGAAACGCUGCCCCGGGAGCGUCGCCGAAACAAGCGGCUGCUCAGUCGUCCUCUACAGAACGACUGAUUAUCGGUUCAUCGGACGAGCCGACACUGGUGAGGUCGACCCCUGGCUCUAUCUAUCAAUCAAUUAGAUCCAGGGGUCAGAAAGGCCAGAGUCAGCGGCGCAGCUCAAAUGAUAUUGAGCUACAAGAGUGGUCACAACGGUCACUUGGAAGCAGGAAUCUGGAAGCGACGCAUGGAAAGGGGAAAGACGCAGACAUGGCAACGACUUUCUCUAAGCCGUCUCUUAAGCGUGGGCCUUCUACUGCUGCACUCUUAGCAACCAGAACGACGUUCAAAUCAUCUUCUGCAACUUCUACCCGUCGAACAAAGAGAUACCGAACAGAUGCUGAGGUACGGGAGCGACUCCGGGUUAUGGACAAUAUUUCUGCCUCAGAUAUCGCCAGACCUCAAGCUGCGAUGACAUUUUCUAGCACUAGCAGAUUCACCGGAGAUGAAGAAAGUGUGGGGUCGUAUCUUCCCUGGUACAGGUCAACUUCCGGGAGAUAUGUCUUUGCUGAACCUCCUCGACUUGUACCAUUGCAGUUCCGCCACUCUCAGCUAUCAACAAUUGCGAACAUAGUCCCUCAGAAACGACUAGGGCGGAGGAUCCUUGUAGGUUUGACUUUACUCUUUCCAUUGGGGUGGCCAGUGGUGGCUCUCAUCGGCUUGGGCCUGUCUUGGCCGGACUGUCUGAUAAGGUGGUUCUCAGGAGGAGAUGUGGAGUCUUUUAACGACCGUGAAAGAAUCCUGGCGAGAUGGAUAACUUUGGGGUACACGAUUGUCCUUAUAGGGGCUACAAUUUCGCUAUUCAUGGCUCUCUUUUCAAAAUAAGCCUUUUGCAAUUCAUGAUCGUCUGUGUCUCAGAUACGUACAAUAUGGUGAUACUCGGUCUUGGCUCGUCACAUACUCAUUGAGCAAGGACAAGGCGUUCGGAACAAGUCAAAAAAGAGAGUCACGUUUCUUGGUGCUACAGAAGGUAGUGCUGUCUUACGCUGUCUGUCUUCGAGGGAUUAUGAAGGGUGACAAUUCAUUCUAUGAAGUUCUAAGAAUAUCUGGGUUUGCUUGAUGUUCAGAUAUCAUGCUGAAAGAAAUUCCUGUAUUGACAUCUUCAGUGGGUAGAACGCUAUCAUUUGACGUUGGUAGUUUGGACGGGGCCUCUGGAACGAUGCUAUCCCAAUAGCUCAUGCAUGUAUCUUAAGAUGAAAGAGCCACUAAUAUCCAUGUCUCUCAUCUUCUAAUAGAGUUCACAACAGGACAUGUCCAGAGCAAACAAAUGUUCUUAAUCUCCG